AUGGUCGAUGCCUUGGCUACCUUAGCCUCCAUGGUCAGAGUGAACAAACAAGACAAUGUAAAACCUUUCUGGAUGAGUAUCUAUGAGGUUCCAGCCUAUUGUUACAACAUCGAGGAAGAAGAAAGGGAUGAUCACCCUUGGUACCAUGACAUAUUGCAAUAUGUAAAGAAUCGUGAAUACCCUGAACAGACAACCAAGAAUGAUAAAAGGACACUAAGAAGGUUAGCCAAUGAGUAUGUCCUAGAUGGGGAGAUACUAUACAAAAGAAGAAAGGAUCAGGUGUUACUGAGAUGUGUAGAUGUUGUUGAGGCCAAAAAAAUCCUAGAAGAAGUCCAUGAGGGUGUUUUCGGAACACAUGCUAAUGGUUUCACAAUGCCCAGAACCUCCACUGGAGCAACACAUUUCUCAUUGGUUUAUGGAAUGGAGGCGGUUUUACCCAUUGAAGUUGAGAUUUCUUCUAUCUGA